GAGGAGCCAGCAGACUGUAAAAUCUCACCUGUCACAACCUCUGGGAGGGUGGAGGCAAGAAUCGGGAAAUAAACAGCGAAACCCAGCUGGGAGGAGCAGCAGCAGAAGAGGAGAACCCAGGAGUCCUGGGCAAGCUUGUUAUUUCUUCUCACCUGAGCUUUUGCCAGACAUCAGGAGUUCAGAUUGCUUCUUACCUGGACCAUACGGCUGAUCUGCUUCCACCUUUUUUUCUAGAAGGCCUCUUGCCCCACUGGGAAAUAGGGCCCAGGUGGUUUGGUUGCCAACUCUCUUUCUCCCCCACCUUUUACCCCUUAGAAGCCACAGUGCUGCAGGUGAGUGUAGGCAUCCUGGCUUCCAACUUCUCCUCACUCUAAGCUGCUGCACCCCCCACUAGGGCUUUCCUGCCCCCCACCGCCCCAAGUCUCACCCUAGAAACCCAUGGCAACAACCACGGCUUCCUCCACGUACCCUGAGGAGGAGGCAGCCCUUUGGAACCCUUUCCCUCUGACCCCACCUGCUAUGGGGGAUGAGUUCUAUCCCUUUGGGGGCGAGCGGCCACAGUCUUUUGUGGCCAAUGUGGCUGCUGGGAAUGGGGACCCCGAAGAUGCGGAUUUGGGGGUGCUGCUGCAGAGGAAAGAGCAGGAUCUGCUGCUGGCAGCUGAACUGGGGAAGAUGCUACUGGAACGCAACGAGGAACUGCAGCGGCGUUAUGAGGAACUGAGCAAGGAGCACACAGAGACCAAGGAGAAACUGGAACAAGAGAAACAUGAGCUCCGUCUGCACCUUGAAUCAGGACGGGCCGAGUUUGAGACCCGCGUGGCAGAGCUGGAGGCCGACUUGGCAGCGGUCCGAGCCCAGUUGGGGCAGCAGCGUCUGGAGCAGCAGGACACAAGCCGGGAGAGUUCGCAGGCCGUCCUGGACCUCUCGGAACAAAACCAGCGCCUGGUGGAGCAACUCAGCCAGGUCACCCAGCUGGAGCAGCGGCUACAGGAUGAACUGGCCUUGUUGCGGGGGGAGCAUCGGACCUUGUCCCUGAGUAGUGCUGAACAUGCCGCCCGGACACAAAGCCUGCAAGCUGAGAAUCUUCUGUUACAAGAGCGGAAGCAAGAUCUGGAGAAGCAGACCCGCCAGCUUCGGGAGGAGAACGAAUCGAUCCAGGCCUUGGUGGACAUGCUGCACAGUAACCUCCUCCUCCUCCGCAAAGAGACCCACGAGAAGGAGCUACGGAUGCAACAGGUUGAAGGGGAAGCGGAGGAGCUCCGGGCUGCCAACCGUCGCCUCCAGCACCAGGUCAAGGAGAUGAAGGAAGAGAUCCGCCUGCAUGAUUUAGACACCUCCGUCACCUCCAUCCAAUCCGAGAUCGAAAGUAGCUUAGAGGAUGCUCCUGGAGCACCUGGGCACGCUCCUAAGCCAAUGGCCAAUGGCAUCUGCAAGGCCUGCCCUACCCCUACGGCUUCAAACAACCUCUCAAGGAGACUGAAAGAGGAGGAAGCUGAAUACGCCCAACGGGUUUCAGCCUUGAGUCACCAGGAGCAAGAUUUACUGAGGCUGAAAGAAACGGAGAUCAUGAAACUCCAGGAUCAGAUAACCCUACAGUACGUGGAACUCUGCAAUUUAAAGACUGAACUAGAGAACCAGAGGCGUCUGUAUCAAGAGAGCGACCGGGAUGAAGCCUUGAAACUAGCCAUAACAGAUCGGGACGAGGCGAUAAUAAAGAAAGGGGAGAUGGAAUUGGAACUGGCAAAAGUCUCCCUGGAACGGGAUUCCAUGAGCCAGCAGUUAUUACGUGUCAUACGCCAGAAGAUGGCACUUUCCCAGGAGCUGGAAGCUUGGCAAGAUGAUAUUCAGUACAUCAUUCACCAGCAACUCCUCCAGAAGCAGCAGGAAGAGACCCAUCCCAUCACCUCAUCACCUAAAACUCCAACGCAAGGCAAGAACCCUCCUUUCUACCACCGUGGCACCAGCACCUCCAACAGCUCAGGCUUCUUCUCACUCUUCCGGAAAAUCUGAGGAGCUGGGUGGUGUGGAGAAGCUUCUGAACUGUCUUAAGCAAGGAAAGGCGGUGGAGGGAAUAUAUAUCACCAGUACCAGAACUGGGUGACGGGAGAUGUCAGUGAGGCCAAGGCUUGCGGUGGCCAGGACCUGAAAUGGUGUCUGGACCUUUUAGCAUCUUGUCAGCUAACUCUAGACCAAAGGAGCUUGUCCUCCUAUUCCAUAUUUUAGUCACACUUGGUCCCUGUUCACAUGCUAUACACAUAAAGGGUGCACACAUGCUGCAGGAAAAACAGGGCCGCACUGUUGGCCCUUGCUCCCAAUGUUUGAGCAUUGAGAUGGACACCUGGGAGCAGGGGUGUAGUGGCCUCGGGUCUCGGGGGGGUGUCUUAGACCCUUUACUUUUUUGGGAGCAGGGUCCCAGCAGGGUCCCUAUGUCUCCAGCAUCCUAUGAGUCAAUCAGCAGUGUGUUAGCCACUGAGAAGAAUCUUCUAACAUGCUUCGUUAUCCUUCCUGCUGAUUGGAGCCCAUCAGAGUGAAAGGAAGUGAGUCAGGCACUGAGAAGACUCUUUUCAGUAGGUAACACUCUCCCCUUUCAUGCUUAUUGGCUCCUAGGGAUGUCUGUUGUGGGAGAAGGCAUUAACAAGGAUCUGAUUUUCAACCCCACAGCACUGUGACUAUCAUGAAGGGAUCCUGCACUUCUGAAUUUGCCACUAUGUUACUGUCUGGGAGUGUAAAGGAUCCACUCUACAUGUGACAUGUGGGGGUUCCUUUACUGAUGUCUAUGUUCAAUGCACAGGUGUUGUGGGCGGAGCCAGCCCAGAACAUAAUGUCAGAGGCGGGGCCAGGAGUUCAGUUUACAGACAUCCACACUCAGUGUGUUGAUGUCACCACAAGGAUUAGCUUGGGAGCAUGAUGCCAGGGGUAGGGUCAGGGGGUGUCUUUUUUCUGGAGAUGUGCCAUGUGCAAGAGAUGGAGAGACUGGAAUGUCCAUUGUAGCUUGUAUUAGGAAAGAAGGAAUGGAAAUUAAUAAGGGAAAUGGGAACGGGGAUGGAAUUUAAUAAGGGGUGAAGGAUGGAAAUUAAUAAGGAGUAUGGGGCCCUAGAGGUGGACGUUAGUAAGAAAGAAGGGGUGGAAAUUAAUUAAGGUAAUAAAUAAUGGCAAGAGGUUUUGAGUUCUCCUACACCCUACUUUCACGCUUUGGCCAUGCCUACUUUGACAAAUGGCCCCUGGAGGGUUAGCCUUUGGUCAAUGCGGCUCUCAGUCUGAAAGAGGUUGCAGACAUCCAUGCUCAAUACAGGGACAGCAGGUGCUGGGCUAGCCUGAGGUUGUGACAUCGGGCAGGGCCAGCAUUGGAGCUCUGCUCCUGUUGCCAACGUGUGAAUAAGGUUCCAUAGCAUUUCUCACUCAGUGAGAAUGACAUGCUGAACUGGCCACUUGAGCUCUAAUGAUAGAUUCAGCCAUGGCACCAGUGUGACUUAUAUGUGGGACAAAGGUAAUUCUUACUUCUGAUAUUCUGCUUGGAACAAUGUCCUCAGAUCAGCUAGCCCUGUUGGUCAAUCCCAAGUACCUAGUGCGUCCUAUGGAAUGAUCACGGGACACUUGGUAGGAUAUUCUCAUCUGAAACUGGGGCAAUCAUAUCCAAGUGGUGGUAGAGUUAACGUAGUCCACCACAGCCAAGUGGAUGGCAUCAGUGGGAUUAGCCUUUCCCGACCUUUGGGUUCCCAGAUGUUGCUGGACUACAAUUCCCAUUAUCCCUGACCAUUGGCCAUGCUGGCUGGGGCUGAUGCGAGUUGUAGUCCAACAGCAUCUGGGGACAGCAUCUAGAUGACUGUUGUGGGUCAACUAACAUCAAAUGAUUAGAUGAAAUUUCCUUUCUUGAUUAACCAAUGAGAUCAUUCAACAUAUAAAUAAACUAGUUUAUUUUGGCCUUUUUUUUUAAACACCUCUAGCUUUCCAACACCGGCUGGCCAGUCUGUGUUCCAACAGAUGUUCUAAGCUUGCCCAGUCUGCUGGCCAAUCAGAGGCAUGAUUCAGCUAAGUGGAUUUUUUCCUGCAGACACAAACCUGCAACGUCAACGUCAUCCAAAUUUCACAGUGCUUUUAAAAAUUUUUACUGAAUGAAGCUAAACCCUAGGUACUGAUCUCUUACUCCUCUGUAAGCUAAAGUCUGUGGGAGUGGAGUAGGCAAGAAAAACAACAUUUCUCCCUGUAGUGGAGGGGAAGAAUUUACAGUGAUUUCUUAGAAGUCUGGAAAAAGUGCUGACAAACUAUUAGGCUUGGGAGAAUAGCAGAACUUGAUGGUCCAUAGGUAUGUUCCUAGGCCGCACUUUUCACUGUACUAGCACUUUAAUUCCCUGUGUAACCAGGGCUGUGGAGUUGGAGUCGUGUAGUCAGAGUCGGAGUCAGGAGCAAUUUUGGGAGGAGUCGGAAGCAAUUUUGGGAGGAGUCGGAAGCAAUGUACCGACUCCGACUUCCAAGUAAAUUUUGAUUGACAAGAAGCAAUUUUGGGUGGAGUCGGAGUCGGACAGUAGAAAAAUAGAGUCGUGUCGGAGUCGGACAGUAGAAAAAUAGAGUCGUGUCGGAGUCGGACAGUAGAAAGAUAGAGGAGUCGGAGUUGAAGGUUUAGUGUACUGACUCCACAGCCCUGUGUGUAACCCCCAUUGGCCUUUUUGGCUGCUUCCCAUAAGUGACCAUCAAGGAACUUGAUGUUACGUACUUGAAUUCGGGGGCAGAGACUAAGGUCACAUCCACACCAUACAUUUAAAGCAUAAUUUAAGCGUGGGACUUCUCCCAAAUACUGUAAUGCUGGGAGCUGUAGUUUAUUAAGAGUGCUGGGGAAUGCAGUUCUGUGAGGGGUAAACUACAGUUCCCAGAAUUCUUUGGAGGAAACCAUGUGCUUUAACCAUACGGUGUGGACGUGAACGGAAAUGAGAGAUUCUGAGUGCAUGCCUUCAUCUAGGUUCGGGUUUUUCUAAAUGGGGGGCAACCUCAGCAUGGCGCUUGGGCCUAUCACUAUGAGGAGGCAUUGUCACUUAACCCCUCAAACUUUGCACAGGGGCACAAUAACCUCCCUCAGUAGGCAGCAGUAUUACUACCCACAGUGCAGUAGGGGACUCACUAUGACUAGGUUUUCUUUGCUGUCUGUUUUUUUAAAAAAACAUCUGUGCUUGUUAAUGGGUGACUUUUAAAAUGUGCAUCGUUAUGCAAACAAGCAAUUAUUACUUUGACACAUGGACACCAGCAAGGGCUUCUGCUGCUCCUUCUCCUUAUUGCUGCAAACCCCCCAAAUGAAGCAGAUGCUGUUUUGCAAGUGUAACUUUUUGGCUGCUUAAGAAACAGGCAGCAAUUCACAUGUCAAAGCUGAUGGGAAGAAUCAAGCAAGAUAUAUAUUUAUCCAUGAAGCAUAAAAUGUAUAUUGUUGUAGAAUAUUUUUGUUGUACAUUUGUUAAAUACAGAUUUAAUACUAUUCUGUUUAUUAAAUAAGGAAG